UUAAUAAAAACUUUUAAUGGCGUUGUUGGCCAGUGUUUUUAUUUGUCAUCAACAAUCGCGUAAUUGUUAGUGUUUAUCUAAAUUGUGUGUAGUUAGGUGAUGAAUUUUGAGCGGCUUAGAUAUUUUAUAAGGAAAUUGUACAGUUGAAAAUAUAACUGAGGAAAAAUAAUGGCGCGGCCAAAACAUCGGGGAAGUGUAGAUAUGUGUGCCGACUGCGGAGCUCCUGAACCAGGAUGGGCUUCGAUCAAUAGAGCUAUCCUUCUGUGUGACGAAUGCUGCAGUAUUCAUCGUAGUCUUGGACGCCAUGUAUCCCACAUAAAGUCUCUGCACAAGGGAAUUUGGAGCACAUACUUGCUUUCGAUGGUGCGUACUCUGAAUAACAAUGGCGCGAAUAGUAUUUGGGAACAUUCUCUGCUGGAUCCUAGCAACUCAAAAAUAAGUAGGCGGAAACCUCAGUCCAAGGACCUGUUGCAUCCUGUGAAAGCAGAUUUCAUCAAGGCAAAACAUCAGCAACUUGCAUUUAUACUACGACCUAGCAAAGAAGAGAUGUGCAGCGAAGAAGACCUCAGUAGACAGCUUCAUAGUAGUGUGCGUACCGCUAACCUUGAGACAUCGCUCCGUUUGUUAGCUCAAGGUGCUAAUCCAAACUACUUUUAUCAGGAAAAAGGAACAACGCCUCUUCAUGUCGCUGCAAAGGCAGGGCAAGCGUUACAGUUUGAAUUACUCAUCGCAAACGGUGGUAAUCCAAGUACAAUGGACUCAAACGGUCAAACUCCUGCUGAACUCGCUAAAAUGUCUGGACAUUUAGAUUUUUCUGAACGGAUUAUUGAAAGUAUGUAUGAAGUAACCGACAGAUUCACAUACCAUGUAUGCUCUCGUAAACCAGAUCAUCGAUUGGGUCAACAUCUGGUCAUUCCCCAGUGGGGUUCUACAGACCGGAAUGAAAUGACGAUUCAAGCUAGAAGUAAAUUACAAAUGUUACCUAAUCAUUUAUUGGAAGAACUUGCAAUGGACGUUUAUGAUGAAGUAGAUCGUCGCGAAACUGAAGCCAUUUGGAUGUCAAAUGCGCCAUUGCCAGAAAGAUGUACCGUUCCUUUUCUACCGGUGAAUCCACAAUUGUCAUCGACAAGAAAUCAAGGUCGUCAAAAGCUAGCACGGUUUACUACCCAGGAAUUUGCAACCCUGAUCAUUGAUAUUCUUACCGAAGCAAAACAGAGACACAUGCUUGCUAACAACACACCUCCUCAGGAUCCAGCAGUUUUAUUGCUGCGUAAAGAUCAAAGCUUUGGGAAUCAGCCAUCUCAAGUCUCCGAUGACGAACCGUUGUAUGACAGCGUUGCUUCCGACGAUGAUUAUGCUGCUCUUACAGUGGUCCACGCAUCCGCUCAGACGUCCACUGUUCCUAACUUGGAUGACGAGAAAGCUCUUGCUCCAAUGGCUAAGGGUUUACCAUCGGUGGUCGAGGUAUUGAAAAAACAAUUGACUCUUUCCGACUCUACGAUACGGGACCUUCGCACCGAAAUUCGAUCCCUUCAAUCCACUGUCGAAAGACUCUCUCAAGAAAACUGUGAACUGCGGAGUAUGAUUCAGACACCUCCAAAGGGGAAAGUAAACGAAAAUAUUCCAGUCAAUGGCCAUGUGAGCGGAGAGCAAGAACCAGAAUUAGAACCUGUGCUUGACGUAAAACCAUCAACACCGAGAGGCAGUCAACGACCAGCAUCGAUGUACGAGACACGGGAAGGCCUCAGAAAAUCUUCCCCAUGGUCCACAGCUAUUAGCCAAACAAAGCGAGAGGUUGAAGCAUUGCCUCGUCCAAACACCACGCAAAGUCUCUGGGAUUGUGGCGCUGUGAGUCUUCCACCGAGCGAAGAAGUCACUAGAAGAACGGAACAAGUCACCAGACGAAUUCAGGAGCUGUGGAUGGCUAUGCAGGAACCUAAUCGAAGAGAGGCAUUUGUACCUUGUGCGGAAAGAAUUCGUGUUGCAGUUGCUGAGCUAACUGCCAUAUUUCCACAGAACCCGAUGGAAGAUAAUGUGAGAUCUGCCUUACGUCAACUAAAUGGCAACACCGGAAGACUUCAAGCUGAAUGCGCGGGUCUGCAAAGGUGCACAAGUGAUACGGAUCAUAUGGAUCGUUGUUUGCAGCAGGUGAGAUCCUGCGCUUAUGAUAUAGCCAAAGCCACCAAACUUCUGGUCACUCAAUUUCAGGUAUGUUAACAAUUAUCUGAGAGGGUAGGAGAAAAUAUGAUGAAUUCAAUCAAGAUAGGAGUUGUGCAAUUCUCAGAAUUUUAUAGCAAUCUUUAUUGCUACAGUUAUAUUAUAAUUAUUGGCUGAGACUGCUGAUUAUAGGAGUUAUAAUUUGUAAAUAUUCAUACUUUACUUAUUCGGCUGCUCAAAAUUAUGGAGAUGCAGCUAAUUAUUUUUUGACAGGACCAAUAGCAAAGCGUAGAAUUGGGAGUAGUGUCCUUUGGUUUUUAUCUAUGAAAAUUAGCUUUUACUUCGAAUUAUUCUAAUUUACGGCGAAGACUGAAGCUGUUUUUAACCUGGAGUUCUAUUUACUAAUGGCUGACUAGUGAAAAAGAAGAAUUAUAUGUACCAUUAAAAUGAUCUUGCGCACUUCAGGUCAAACUAAGUUUCAGGCAUUAAAAAAAGACUGCAAUGAUACCUUGAAGGUCGCUCACUAAUUUUUCAACCACUAAGGAAAAUUCAGAGAAAUGGGCACUUUACAAUGGGCUUAAAAACACCUGACGAUGCAAAACUUUGUCUUAUUAUUUGAUUCUUAAUGUAUUUAUAAUAUCUUUUUAUCUUGACCUACAUCUUUUUCAAGGUGAGGUGACGGUCACAUUGUCAUUGUUAGUUCUCGAUAAUUGGAUAUGAGAAAUGACGUGACUAAUGUCAAAAUUUUAUUUGAAAAAUUAAACAUUCAAUCUUAGCUGACGUAGGUCGUCAACGAUUGUGAAGCUAUUGAUAAUUAAUCAAUUUAGGUAUUCAAUAGCUAAUUGCUUUUAAAAAUCUGCUCUCCAGAGCACUAGCUAAUGCCAUACUAAUUGAAAUGUGUAUGAUAAAUAGACACGGCAUUCACUUUUGUUUAUAUUGCACUAAAAGCCAAACAAAAAAUCGAAUAUUCAUACUUUUGGUAGGUUUGGCUAGGUAUUUUAAUUUACUAAUAUGAGUCUGAUAUUUUAAUAGAAUUGUAUUCAUGCUUGAAAUGGAACGAUUUGAUUGUUUAUUUAGAGUUAUUUAUUUCUUAUCAUUGAAUUGAGUGUGCAUAGAUCAUUUUUUUAAAAUCAUUUAUGAAGAAGGCAAAGAAGGGAACAAACGUACAUCGACAUACAAAGAUAUUUAUUGCAUUUAUUCAUGCUUUUACCAAUCGUAUUUAAUGCAUAGCUCGGUAACUCAUAUACACGUUUUGAAGAAUAUUCAAAUUUAGAAUGUGUUUUUUUUUUUAUUUUGAUCCAUAGAUGGUCGGAUUUAUUUUACAUGAAAUUGUUUCUUAGGAAUUUGUAAAUUAAUAGGGAGAAUAUAAACCAUGUAACUAUAAAUGGUGCUCUAUAUUACAUAAAUAAUAUUAAACGAUUAACUUGGCAUCAGAGGAUGUGAACUGACGUAGAAAUAGUAAUAUCGUGCAUCCUUUUUGCCCAAUGAAUUUCUGCUGGUUGUCUAUUCAAAUAAUUAUUCAACAUGUUAUACUAUGUAUAGAAUAUUAGCUAUUU